AUGAUGUCUCAGGCUCAGGCUGAACCCAGACAGAAAGUGGUUUUCGUUACCGGAUGUUCCGAUGGAGGGAUUGGUGGAGCCAUAGCAGGGGAGCUGGCCGCUAAAGGAUGCUUGGUAUAUGCCAGCGCGCGUUCUAUGACCUCGAUGUUAUCGCUCGAAGGUCCUUGCAUCAGGAAACUCGAGGUAGACGUCAGGGACGACGAGUCUGUUCAGAAAGCGGCCAAGGAGAUAUAUCAGAACGAAGGGCGUAUCGACAUUGUCAUAUCGAACGCUGGAAUUGGGUGUACAGGUCCAGUUCUGGAUAUCACCAUAGAACACGCUCGAAAAGCAUAUGACACGAACGUUUUUGGUCUGAUGCGUGUCGUAAAUCACAUCGUACCACGCAUGGCGGAACGCAAAAGUGGCCUCGUAGUGGUUAUCGGUUCUGUUCGGAGCGAAGUAUCAACGCCUUUCACCGGAAUUUACAGUUCGAGCAAGGCGGCGGUAAGAACUUACACCGAAACCUUGUCAAUGGAAUGUCAGCCCUUGGGUAUCAAUGUUAUGCUCGUUAACCCGGGAUCCGUUACAAGUAAUAUUGUCAAGAACCAAGGAAACACUUAUCGCAUGCCCGAGAAUUCGUUAUACAAGAGUUUUCUGGACCCCAUCCUCCAUGUCAUGUUUCAAUCUCAAUCCAAAACGUACCGCUCAAUGCAAACUACUGAAUUUGCCAGGCGUGUCGCCCCAAAGAUUCUGUCGAAGAAGCCGCCUAAGUACAUGGCCGUAGGAGGUGCAACGUUCCUUAUAAGGCUCCUGCAGUGGCUACCACGGCAAUGGGCCUUACAACUUUUGUGGCUGGUUUUGUCGAGAACAAAGCCCUGA